AUGCUGCUGAAUUUGUUGAACUUUAGGUCUCUUAGGUAUGCGGAUCAGUGCCAUCGUCUUGUAAGCACACAUAAACAUGCAGAUAGUAAUCAGAUAUCGAAAGAUCAAAGCGUUGAUUCUUGUAUUGCAGCAAUACGAAAUGUUGGCUUGGUUGCACAUAUUGAUGCUGGCAAAACAACGACCACAGAACGUAUGCUAUACUAUGCUCGCCGUACACAUUAUUUGGGCGAAGUGGAUCGUGGAGAUACUGUAACUGAUUAUUUGCCAGAAGAACGCGAGCGUGGCAUUAGCAUUGUGACUGCAGCAGCUUCCUUAUCUUGGCGAAAUCAUUCAAUCCAUUUAUUGGAUACCCCGGGACAUGUAGAUUUCACUGUUGAAGUUGAGCGUAGUUUAACUGUUCUAGAUAGCGUUGUGGUCAUACUGGAUGCGGUUAAAGGUGUGCAAACUCAAACGCAUACAGUUUGCCGUCAGGCUCAUCGUUAUAACCUCCCGUGCUUAGUGUAUAUAAACAAAAUGGAUCGUCCACUGGCAAAUGUAGAUCUGUGUUUACAUAGCCUGUCGAAUCAGCUGCCCACAAAAGCUCCUUACAUACCAAUUCAUUGGCCAGUGUUUGCUCAUGACCUUCAUAUAUCCAACAUGUCAUCAUCAAAUAAUAUCACAAACACUUCUGCUGCUCUGUCUAACCAACAUCACGGCCUUCAUGUUAAAGACAGUUGUACAAGUCGAUUUGUAGGACUUGUAGAUUUAACUACUAUGGAAUUAAAGAACUGGAUUUCAUGCAACGAUCCAGAUGAUAUGUACACAUCAUCUAACUUAUUUGAAGGUUUAAAUACAACUACCAACUUGCAUAACCCUUAUAAAUUCAAAUCAAAAUCUCAGAAUGAUUAUGAAUUGAAUACAAAUAUCGUUCAGGAGGCAUUGAAUGCACGUAUAAAGUUGUUGACAGCAUUAGCUGAAGUUGAUGAGGAGUUUGCUGAUGAAUUGUUACAACUUGAUAACCCAGAGUUGUUGAUCCCUUCAGAUGUUGUUCAUAAAAGUUUGAAAAAGGCAAUUCGUUCUUUUCAUAUUAUACCUGUGUUAGUUGGAAGCAGUCGAAAUAAUAUUGGGAUUCAACCCCUUCUUGACUUCAUUGUUGAUCAUCUUCCAAAUCCUGGCCAAUGUAAUCUACCGACUUCUGUUUUAAAAGUUUAUGAAGUGUCGAAAUCUAUCUUGCCGAAUUCAAGUGAUAUAUUAAAGGCGUCACAUAACUUGGAUGAUCAUCUGACUAUUCUUUCUUCAAGAUUCCCGAUAAUGCUUGUAUUCAGAAUAUGCUUUGAUCCACAUCGUGGUCCGCUUACCUUAGUACGUAUAUAUUCUGGAUUAAUCACUCCUGGCUGCCAAAUAACUAACUGGAGCCGAUAUAAAGAUGGCCAUUUAUUCGAAAAAAUUUUAAAUGUAUUUCAACUGAACGGAGAUUCUCUAGAAGUGGUCAAAAGUGCUGGACCUGGUAGUAUUGUUGCUUUAAGCGGACUUCAGUCAACGUAUACAGGUGAUAUUCUAGGUCCAGUAUUGAAUUCAACCAAGGAUAAACAAAUCAAAAAACUAAUACAUUCCGAAUUUCAUACUACUGAAGAGAUAACUGAAAGUGGAAUAGGGUCGCUAUCUUUAUUCCAAGUGUCAGAGCCCGUUGUAUAUGCAGCUAUCGAACCCAGUGGCCGAUCUGAUAUACGCAUACUUGAACAUGCUCUCAGUUGUAUGCAACGUGAAGAUCCCAGUUUCCAUGUGAAGUUUGACUCGGAAACUGGCCAGUGGACAAUUUCUGGAAUGGGUGAUCUGCACUUGGAUAUUAUCCUUGCAAGACUGAAACGCGAGUAUAAAGUCAAUGUUCGUAUAGGUCCUCUUUUAAUUGCUUACAAAGAAUGUCCAUCAACUGAUGCUUGUAGUUCAUGUGGAUGGGUUAUACAGCCGGAUAUGUGA